UACACCCCUCCAUUCAGUAUGGGUCUUCUCCUUGCCAAAUUGUACGAAGCUGUGCAGAUGUUUCAGACAGGUACUCCUACUAGAGUGUUGAUGUUAGGUCUGGAUGCUGCUGGGAAAACGACCAUUCUCUACAAGGUGAAAUUGAAUGAAAACGUCUGCACAAUUCCUACCAUUGGAUUUAACGUCGAGACAGUUUCCCCUAUCAAGGGCGUGACCUUCACAGUCUGGGAUGUUGGAGGGCAGGAAAAAAUUCGAGCUCUCUGGAGACAUUACUACGUCAAUACGCAGGGCCUCUUGUUUAUAGUCGACAGUGCAGACGUCUCUAGGUUUCCAGAAGCAAAAGAGGAACUCUUCAAUGUAAUUAAAGCAGACGAGAUGCGUGGUGUGCCUGUGGUUGUAGUGGCCAACAAGCAAGACUUGCCUGGAGCUGCUUCCACAGCAGAAGUUGCUGACAGACUAGGUCUGAGAGAAAUGAAAGACAGGAAGUGGUUCGUUCAAGGCGCAUGCGCAGUCAACGGAGAUGGUAUUUAUGAAGCAAUGCACGAAAUGGCAAACUUGGUGAAACAAUUUAUUAAAAGUUGAUCGUUUAGCAAUUUCCUAACACAAAAACAUUGAAAUAUAGACAGAUGGAAGGACUGCACAAGCAUAUUGGAGAUUGUCACAAGAAACUUAACAAGUUAAGGACCUUAAAUAGAAAUUAGAAACGGAGGAAUAAAAAAAAAAAAGAUUCUGCAGUGUUAAAAAAUAGCACACAAAUUAUCGUUUAACUUUUUGAAAAACAACUGAACACGUCCUUUAGUUUGUACACAAAAAAGCUUGCUAUUUAUAGUUUUUCUACCAUGUCUGAAAUCUCCAAUACAUUUUAGCUUGGUAACUUUAAACUAAUUCCUAUUUGCUGUUAUGGUUAUAUGACUGCUGACAUCAUGCUAAUUAGAAGACAAUGCAGAUCUACUUAAUGGAAACAUUCUUUUGACUGAAACAGUCAUAGAGUCUACGUGUGGUAAGAUUAUCCAAAUUACCCCAAUCAGUAGCUCAGUUGACAUGUUUAACACUGAUGACCUUUAAUCAAUAUUAUUUUUUAAUAGAUAGAUCCUUAUCUUUUUAGGGAUAAUAAAUUAUGCUCAUUAUGUCAAGUGGACUUAGAACAUAUUGAAACUAGAUAUCGCUUCAAUAAAAAAGAAAUGUAACAUUAA